AUGCCUUCACCAAUAUUCAAUAAGGGAGCCCGUCAUCCAGAGGCUCUCCACACCCGCAAGCCUUCCCUCACCAACUCAGUCUCCAGCAGCGACUCCUCAUCAACACAAUCAACCCGCUCAACAGCAACUAUGCGCCACACAAGAGUCCUCGACUUUGAUCCUCUCUCACUACACCCGACCUUCCACGCACCACCAAGGCUCUACGAGAGACCCUUUAUCCACAACUCCCAGUCCAUCGAGGACGAGGUCAUCAACUCGUACUUCUCCAGCCAGGAGGCAGCCGCAGCCGCCGAAAACAAGGCGAAGGCCUCCUUCGCCGCCGCCAUCCCCGACAUGCCCGUACCGCCCGUCGACUCGCCGCGGACGCCGAUCCAGCAGCAGGAGAGAUCCCGAGAACACGCCGCCGAGGGUGACGACUACUUCCUCUUCAAGGUCCAGCAGCACAUUGCCUCAACGAGACCGCAGCUGCCGCGCUCUCACUGGUCUGAGUCUACCAUUAACACCUUGGCAUCUCAGCAUGACGACGAUGACGAAGACGACCAGGACUCCUCCGAGGACGGCAGCUUUGUCGACGAGGAGAGGCCCGUGAGAGAAUCCCAGUGGCGGAACUUCUCAAUCAAGCGCAGCUCGCCUUCGACUGUGCGACGACCGGCAAUGAAGUCUCUCGAUAGCGUCGAGGACUUUAUCAAGCGCGGCGGCUGGAAGAGGCGCGGCAUUGUCUUUGGGCAAGAAAGUGCCCGAACUUCCAACACAUUGUUUUAA